CCCUCCCUGACCUCUCCUUCAUCUGCUUGCCUGAGCACAGAGCUACAUGUGACAUGUGAGGGGGGGCAGUGGAGGAGAUGACUGGACAGACUGAUGCAGACAUACCUGAAACAGGAGCCAUCUUCACAUUUGGAAAGAGCAGCUUUGCAGACAGUAUAUUCUGGUUAAAGAAUGACCAUCCAGUGCAUAUGUCUGGGGGUGGGGAGCACACGGCUGUCAUCACAGACAGUGGGAGGAUCCUCAUGUUUGGUGCCAACACCUGCGGCCAACUGGGGCUGGGAGUUAAACCUGCCUCCAGCAAACCUGCCUCUGUGAGAGCCUUAAAGUCUGAGACGGUGAAGCUUGUAGCUUGUGGGAGAGAUCACACAAUUGUCUGCACAUUGCAGGGUUGUGUGUACGGUUCUGGCAGUAACCAGGAGGGCCAGCUCGGUUUGGGUCACUGCAGCAACACGACAUCCUUCACCCUGCUGCCUUCCUUCUGUGACCAUGCCCCUGUGAGGAUGCUCUCUGCAGGGUGCAACACCUCAGCUGCCUUAACAGAGGACGGGAGGCUGUUCAUGUGGGGAGACAACUCCGUGGGUCAGAUUGGUUUGGGGGACGUGGGAUCAGCAGCAGAACCCAGAGAGGUGGAUGUUGGAGAAGCGGUGGUGUGGGUCUCCUGUGGAUACCACCACUCAGCAUUUGUCACAGUGGAUGGAGGUCUUUACACGUUUGGUGAAAGUGCGAAUGGACGUCUUGGUCUCCAGACAGAGCAGCUCGCCAAUCACAGAGUCCCCCAGCGGGUGCAAGGAAUUCUGGGUCGCGUCAUCCAGGUGUCCUGUGGAGGGGAGCACACUGCAGCACUCACUGAGGAGAGCGUGUGCACGUUCGGCAGGGGUCAGUACGGUCAGCUGGGCCAUGGAACGUUUCUGUUUGAGGUCGAUUUUCCAAAACCACUGGAGCACUUUUCUACCAGCGGCAUCAGACACAUCUCUUGUGGAGGAAACCACACUGCUGUGAUCACUGAAAACGGGCUGCUCUACACAUUCGGUGACGGUCGUCAUGGAAAACUGGGGUCAGGGGAGGAGAACUUCACAAACCAGUUCAGCCCAACACUUUGUUCACGUUUUCUCAAACACAACGUUCAGUUAGUGUCCUGCGGUUGUGACCACAUGCUGGUGCUGGCUGCACCCAGACCACCAGAGAGCCAGGAGGUGGUGGUGCCAGAGAAGGAUGUCGAGGUCAAUGACAACUUGUUGCGUUCAGAAAUGCUCCUGUUAGACACUUUGACAGAUCCAACUCAACUGGUCCCAAAGUCGGCCUUCGCUGCUCGAGCUCGCCGCAGAGAAAAAGAGAGCUCUGUGGAUCUGUUUGGGGAAAUGUUCCAGAACCUCCCACGUUUGAACUCUGACUUCCUCAAUGCCUCCUGGCAAACUUCCAGAAACGUCUUAACCCCCAGAACACGUUCAAAGGACGUGACUGCCCCUUCGUCACCCCCCAAACCCCUGUCAGAUGUAAAACCAAGCCCACCACUCUCACCAGCACCUCUGUCUGAAUCCUCCAAGCCAUCGAGUUCACAUUCUCAAUCAUUGCUUCAGAGUAAAUCCCAUGGAGUCGCCUCAUCAACGUCUGAACCCAGAGACUUUCACUCUUCCUUACUGUUGCCAAAGUCCAUAACCAAACGUAACCCUAACGUCCCGUUCCCAAAGAGGAUUGGAAGAAAUAGAGUCCGACACAUGUCGAGUGCUAAAAAGGUCUUAAACAGCAGGAUGUCAUCACACAGCACUCAUGUUCCCACUACAGGUCUCAGAGAGAGUGAAGGCCUCGCCUCAUCACAAACAGAGGGAGAAAAUGUUCAGAGACAAGUGAUCAGUGAAGAUUUGCAGAAGAGAAGAGAAGUCGACUCUGAUAUUUCGCCAGAUACGGAAAAGAAAAAGGGCCGAGCUCUCAGAAGAACAACAAAAGACGACGCUGCGUUUUCUGAGCAGCUCCAGUCCGAAGGGAAAACAGACCAAAUUUCUCACAGGGCCUUCCCCGCUGAGCUUCUGAAAGGCUUCAGCUCUUUAAAGAAAGACGACUCUGCAACAAAGAAAAAGAACCACAAAGUCACAUCCAAAGGAAAAGAGAACAUCACAAAGCAGCCCAAUAAAAUAAAAAAUCAAGACGAGGAAAAGGCACUAAAGGAGCUCUACCAUGUUAAAUCCACAAAACACAGUAAGAACAAUUCAUCUGAGUUAAAUAAAAAAACUCCACAAUCUAUUCAUCUGACUAAAGUACGUCAGAGAGCAACUGAAAUUAAGGAAAGUGGCAGGAAAAGUAGAAAUCUGCAAGAAGUCCACAUUAACCAGGGGGAUGUGACAGAAUUGAUAGGGACACCAAAACAAGAGGAAGCUCAAUCGUCAGCUUUGGACAAGACGUCUCCUGUUAUCAAGGCCAGAGAAGGACAUGAAACAAACAGCAUGUCCUUCCAAAGAGGAAGUUCAAAUAUCAGGGGAAAUACUGCAGAGGAAGACGUCAAACGAGCACAAAUCAAAAGAACAGACAUCAAACCGACCCCAACGAGAGAUGUGCACAAGGUUAAAUCUGCAGCAGGAAAAGGUCAAAGUAAAAAACUGUCACCAGUGAAAAAAGGAAAUGUAGCUGUCACCACCCCUGAGAAAGCGCGUGUGACGUCUACACCUGUGAAAGUCAAAGAGAAGCAACAACCGCUCAAGAGUAAACAUGUCGAAAAUAAUGCAGUUCAAAGUGGAAGUGAAGGACCCGGUGCAGAAAGAUCUAUCAAUAGCACGGAUCGGAGAAUAAAAGGUAAACCCGCAGACGAGCAGAAGUUACCUGAUAAAAAGGAAGAAAAGGAAAAGACUGGGUUGGAUGAAGGAGAGGAAAUCAAGGAUAAAGGUGAAGCAGACACUAAGGAUAAUACAGGGGCCAAAUUCCAGCAGGCCUCUGAACCUGCUGAUAGAGAUCUGCUCGUUUCACAGAGAGAAAACAAGGAAUCGGAGGAUGAAGCAAUGUUGGCACAAAUUCUGAAUAAUGCAGCCGCUGUUCUUCCGGCUGUUGGGAUGGUAGGUGCAGCGGUGGAGGUCCUAGGUGAGGCAGUGACAAGGCUACAGGCCGACAGCGACACGGCCGUCUCUACACCGACCAGGGUGUCCAAUAGAGGGAAACAGUUCACAAAGCAAAGUGCGAUUAGGCAGCUUUCCUUCGCCUCGACAUUGUCUUCAACAGAAUCGUCACAUCAAGAAGACGAAAACACAAAGAAACACGCUGAAGUCAGUGUCCCGUUUAAACCUCGGAAUAGAGUUCAUGAAGAUGAUCGUGAUCCGUCUGAGCAUGAGGAGGUGAAAAGUGACACGUCCAAGCAGACAAAGGUUGAAGACUUCUCACAAACAGAGGAGAACAAGAACAGAAGUACACAACUCAAUACUUCCCAGCAAGACCAUGAAGAGGGGGAGGAUGAAGAUCAGGAAACCUCCAAGGUCUCCAGAGAAGAUGUAGGAGAAGAGGAUGAGAGUAAAAAGGGUGAAGACAGAGAUACUGAAGAUGAGAAGGGAGAGGGAGAGAGUGUAAGCAAUGUGGAAAACAAAGAGGAAGAAGAGGAGGAGGAUGGAGGAAAAAGCAGCAGUGACAAAGAGGAUGAAGCAGAGAGUGUUUCUGGAGAGGGUGAGCCAGAGGGAGAUGGUGAAUCUGAGGAAGAAGAGGCUGAGGAGGAAACAAACUCUAGCAGUGAGGAAGAGGAUAAAGGAAGUGAGAUGAACAAUAGAACAGAGAUUGAAGAGGAGGAAGAAGGAGAAGAGGAAGAAAGCAGUGAAGAGAUGGGUGAGGGAGGGAGUGAGUGCGAAGCAGAUGAAGAGGAGGAGGAAGGAAGUGAAGAGUGCAGUAAAGAAGAGCGUGAAGAGGAAGAGGAUGAAAGUGAGGUGAUUGAGGAUGAAGAAGAUGAAAGUGGUGAAGAGUUGGGGAGCACAACAGGCAGCAAGAGUGAAGAGGAAGAAGAGGAGGAGGAGGAGAGAGAGGGAAGUGACACUGCAGAGUCUGGAGGAAGUGAUGAAGUGGAAGAUGAAGAAGAAGAGAAUGAGGUAGAGGAAGAGGGUGAAACUGAGGAGCAAAAAGACGAUCAAGAUUCCACUGAAAGUGAGGAUGAGGAGAGAGACUCAGAAGAUGAAGAGUCAGAUGAGAGCGAAGGAGAGGAGGAAAAUGAUGAGACCCAGGAUGAAGUGAGUGUUGAGAUUGGAGAGGAGGAAGAAGAGGACAACGGGGGUGAUGAAGAGGAGGAGGAGCAAGAUAAAAAAAGGGAAAAAGAAGAUGAGGAGUGUGAGGAAGAGGAGUUGUCAGAUGAGGGGGAAAGUGAAAGAGAGGAGGAAAGAGAGGAUGUUACAGUGGAUGAAGAAGAAGAGGGCGAGGAAGAGGUUGCAGAGGGGGAAGAUGAAGGGGAGGAGGAGAAAAUAAAGAAAAAAGAGAAAAGUAUGGAGGGUAACAAAAAGGCUAGGGCAGAGACUGAGGAAGAGGAGGAGGAAGGGGAUGAUGAAGAGGAUGGUGAGGAAGAAGAGAAUAAAACAAAGGUUAAUCCGACAACAGAGGUGAGAAUUAAAAAUCUGAGACAGGAACAAUGUGAACAAAAGAAAGAUCAUGAAACUCAGGAAAAAGAGGAUGAGGAAGAUAUCGAUGAAGGGGGAGAAGAAGCGGGUGAGGAAGAACAGGAGGAAAAAAAAGAGUGUCUGGGAAGAGGAAAGGUUGCUAAAGCGGCUGAGGACAAACAUGAGAGUGAGGAGGAGGAAGGAGAAGAUGAGGAGGAAGAGGAAGAAGAGGAAGAAGAGGAAGAAGGAAAAGAAGAAGGAGAGGAGGAGGAACAGGAGGGUAGGGAAAGAGGCAGGGUUGCAAAGGCAGCUGAGGACGAACAUGAGAGUGAGGAGGAUGAAGAAGAGAUGGAAGAAGAACAUGAGGAGGAAGGGGAAGAAGAGGAGGAAGGGGAAGAAGAAGAGGAGGAGGAUGAAGAAGAGGAGGAAGGAGAAGAUGAGGAGGAAGGGGAAGAAGAGGAGAAAGGAAAAGAUGAGGAGGAAGGGGAAGAUGAGGAGGAAGGGGAAGAAGAGGAGGAAGGGGAAGAAGAGGAGGAAGGAGAAGAAGGAGAAGCAGAGGAGGAGGAAGAAGAGGAGGGAGAUGAAGAGGAAGAAGAAACAGAAACCAAAAGAAAGGACACACAGAAGUUGCCUCCCGACAGAAAAGAGAAGCAACAGAGAGAAAAACCAGAACCAGCUCCGAGGACGAGGCAGAGAACUGCAGGAGAGAAGAACCCAGAGGAGGAGCAGAAGUUCUGGAACAAUGUUCUCCCACAGUACCUGGACCUGCAGUGAAGUGUCUAACACAUCAAGCAAGUUAAAGGUUCCUGUCGACUGUUGUUGGGUGUUUCCACUGUGGUCAAAAGAAAGUUUUGUCCACAUACACACUUAAUGAUGUACGACUACAUUUCACAAACACAAAAUCUUAGUGUCUACAUUUGUAAUCUGUAUCCCUCUGAAGACUCUAGAAUAUGUUUCCUUCAUCCCUCACCGACAGCAGCAGAGCUCUGUUAAAGAGAAAUAAUAAUAAUAAGUUAUCAGGCUCUGGAAACAUCUGCAGUACUUUGUAUUGGUGGUUUUAGUCUUUUCAUGCGAUUUGUUGACAGUAAGAAAAAACAGAUUAUCACAGAUCAUCCUUUAAAAAUAUACAUUUGGUUUACAAUAGAGUGUGGGAAAUGCUCGUUAUGCUUGAUUACACAAGUUAAAUUACC